GUGAAUUCUCAGGAAGUCUCAGCCACACUUGUGGAAAGUACCACCCAAACUUUAAGUUUUGUGGGGCUGACGGUGGGCUCAGUGAUGGAGCUCUUGCCUACCAUGCUCAAGGCCCUGAGGAGAACAAAGCCUAAAACCAAGUUCACGUCCUCAUCCUGCCCUGAAUGACUGAUGUUUAUACUGGCGGCCUGAACAUAAAACAUUUUUCCAUAGGACAUUGAGAAGAUGAGCCUUUGUCCUCUUUCGUAAGUUACGAAAGCCUGCUUUUAAAGUCGGAAGUUAGAGAACAUAAUUAAAAGAGGUGGAGGGAGAUUGGACUGUAUUUGGUCGAAAUGCUUAGUUGAGGACUUGCGCUGGACAUUGACCAGGGAUAUUACGUAAUUAUGGAGAGCUGCCUACCAGGGGCUCUGGGGACACUCUGCCGCCUUGUGUUUUGUGACGUGGAUCCCUGUGAUUGAGCCCUGAAGACUGGGUGGGCACAGAGAGGAAGAAAUCUUUCCUGUUUUCCGCACUGUAUGCUGCCUUUAUAUUUGGUGGUCGGCAUCUGAUGAACAAGCGAGCAAAGUUUGAGCUGCGGAAGCCGUUAGUGCUCUGGUCACUGACUCUUGCAGUCUUCAGUAUAUUCGGUGCUCUUCGAACUGGUGCUUAUAUGGUGUACAUUUUGAUGACCAAAGGCCUGAAGCAGUCAGUCUGUGACCAGAGUUUUUACAAUGGACCUGUCAGCAAAUUCUGGGCUUACGCGUUCGUGCUCAGCAAAGCACCUGAGCUAGGAGAUACGAUAUUCAUCAUUCUGAGGAAGCAGAAGCUGAUCUUCCUGCACUGGUACCACCAUAUCACUGUGCUCCUGUACUCUUGGUACUCCUACAAAGACAUGGUGGCUGGGGGCGGCUGGUUCAUGACUAUGAACUACGGCGUGCAUGCCGUCAUGUACUCUUACUAUGCCCUGCGGGCUGCGGGGUUCCGAGUCUCCCGGAAGUUUGCCAUGUUCAUCACCUUAUCCCAGAUCACUCAGAUGCUGAUGGGCUGUGUCAUUAACUACCUGGUCUUCAACUGGAUGCAGCAUGACAACGACCAGUGUUACUCCCACUUUCAGAACAUCUUCUGGUCCUCGCUCAUGUACCUCAGCUACCUUGUGCUCUUCUGCCAUUUCUUCUUUGAGGCCUACAUCGGCAAAGUGAAGAAAGCCACGAAGGCUGACUAGUGUCAGACUUGAGGAGGAAGACAUAGCUCAGGGUCAUCACGAAAAAAAAAAAAUAGACAAAAGAAAAUGGCACAAGGAAUCAUACAUGGUGCAGCUAAAACAAAACACACGUAAGAGCAGACGCAAACCCCAAGGCAGCUUGGGGGUGGUGAUUAGGUUGACUUAACCCAGUAAGUUUAUGAUCCUUUUCGGGUGAGGACUCACUGAGCGCAUCUCCAUCUCAAAGCACUGCUGCUGAGGGACCCCUUCCCUCUUACCUGUCAACUCUAGAACACGCUCGAUCCAAAGGGAGCCACAGGCAGAGAGAUUAGUGGAAAACAAGCAAAACACUAGAGGCUGAGGGGGGAAAAAUCCAUUCAGAGUUCUUCUCCAUCCUGAGGAUAAGGGUGUUACCCCCUCUUCAAACUAUGUGAGCACACACAGACACAAUCCUUUCUGUCCUUUCAACAUGAAACCAGAGCUGGUAGAAAAGAUAAACAUGGAAGAGACACAGGGUUUAUAUCUAGAACAUCGAUGGGCAGGCAAAAAUCAAGGCCUCUUAAAGAAAGGUUAGCAUGUAACCCCUUGACGAAAGAUGUCUUAAUUAUUUUUACUGCGACUGAAAUUAAAAGGAUAGAUAUUUUUCCCUUCACUGCACAGCCUCAGGCUAGUAAGUUUGCUACAACCAAACAGGACAACACUUCCCCGUGAUGCUUUUUCUGGGAGAGUGGAAACCAUGCAGCCCAAGCCCCAAGAAGGUGACCCCACGGCAGACCCUCUAGCUGAGCCCUCACGCUGACAACUGUUAAAUUUCUGUUCUUCCGUGAGAUACAAAGCAUCCUUUGUUCAGUUGCCCCUGACUUUAGGACAGAAGAGUAAAUGCAGAACUGAAAUGAUAGGAGCUCAACCGGGUGACUUGAAAAUGGAAUCUUGUGUUGUCUGUUACAAGACUCAGCCAGUCACCACUGGAGGAAGGGCCAGGAGAAGAGCCCAGGAUUCCUCCAGUAGACAGUGUGUUCGCGUCUCCUUCCUGUUCGACUUCACACAUGCUUUCUGGCUUUCUAAAUGAGGCCCUGUGACACAGUCCGUGUUUUCUAUAUUUUUUGUGACUUUCAAAACAAAACAAAAAAACAAUAGCUCUGCAGGGCUCUGCCUGAUUUGGGGUAAACACUGUUUCUGCGUCUUCUGCAGAGGCGUGUGAAUUGCCCUCUGCUGGCCAAGUGAGAAACUACAACAAACACACUUCAUAAUAGGUUGAAAAUAGUUGACCACCAAGGGCCUGCGCAGACUAAACCCUAAGUUUUAAGUGCUGUCAAGACCACCCGCCAUACAUUUGACCAAAUCAGAACAGAACCUCUCUGAUUCAAGUAAGCUUCAUAAAUUUCUAAAGCGACUUUCACUCGGGAACUCAGAAAGUCAAUGUAUUAAGAGCCAUAUUCUUAAAAAAAAAAAAGAACAAAAGAAAGAGAAAGAAAAGAGACAAGGUAGACAAUGUUAUUUGUAAUAUUUCAGUCCUCUACAAGCCAAAUAAAUGUGUCGAUGUUCCUAAUAUUUCAAAGACGCAAUUAUGUAAAGUUGUUCAAUGUGAUAUAAUAGUAUAAUAAUUGGGUAAGUAGAUUAAUGAUUAGGCAGACUAGAAGAAACAAAUAGAGGCUGCUAUGCUGCGUAGAUUAUACACACCUAGCCACACACACACACACAGAAGUGUGAGGUGCACGGACCUAUAAAGCCCAAGUGAAUAGUAACACAAGUUUUGGCUAGCAGAAACUAUCACUUACCUUCCUUUACUUGAGAGUGUACAGUAAAAGGGAUUUUUUUUUUCAAAUUAUUUUUAUAUUAUUUUAGCUUUAAUUGUGCUGUCAUUCCUGAAAGAGCUGUUCCGGCCUUUCUGUGAGAGAUGGCAUGGGUGUUUUCAGUGGCUUCUUUAUGUGUGGAGUUAGGAAAGAAUAAGACUUGAUUCCAUUCUGUGUGAAUGGGUUAACCAGUGAACAAAGAGUCCAUGCAGGUCCAUUCAUGACUGAGAGAGCAGGGAAGGGAGCCGAGCAGGGGCUGCGGCCAGGGGGACAUCCAUGUUAGCGUUGUGUAGUGGCUGAUGAGUGAGACAAGAUUGGAGGGAUGUAUUGUUAUUAGGGCAGAAGCUGACUGGAGCUGAAAGUAGAGAGACACUGCGUCAAGUCGGGACGUAAUUGUUUGUUUGAGCUUUGUAAAAUGCACAGUAGUGUACAAUAAUAAGCCUCUCCCUUGCCUUACAGAAGAAAAUGAGCAAAGUAAUGAAAAUGGAGAAGAGGCCACCUAUCAGUUGACUUGAAUCUAAUCAAAAGGCCAGCCCGAGGCUCAUCUUAGUUGAAUCAGUUAUUCAGAUAUUUAUCAUAGAAUACAGGUUACAAUAUGGAAAUAAGCAUAAACUUUAAAAAGACUAAGCUAUGCUUCCAAAGCACUUUAAUCUUAGUGUUCGCUUCAUGCUGUGUUCACUUGUAAAAUAACUUAGACUUUUUUCAUUUGCAGGAUGGAUAUCUAAUAAAUAGUGUCUAAACCAGCUAACUAUAUCUAUAGGCAUUUCCAGUGUUCAUCAUGGGAAGAAAAAAGCCACAUUUUUUUAAAAAGAAAAAAAAAAAAACAACAGAAUUCUAAUAUAGGCUCAGCACACUUUUUUAACAUACCAGCUUAGCUGCUCCAAUUAUGUCAAGAUACGAGGCUGGAUCACCGGCCUAUGACACAUCUGAAACCUGCCAGAGAACUGACUGCCACAUGAAUAUUAUUCCCGCUAUCAGUGAACAUUCCGGGCAAGCAAGUUUUUGUAGCUGCCCCACUAUGCUGCAAUAGAGUAUCUUUCUAUUGAAGAUUUCUCACUGCAUUCCUAUCCCAGGGUGGUGAAAACUUUAUUCCUGGAUUGAAUGAAAACAAAUCCGUGGUUUCGUGUAACUGCAGUUUCGUUCACUAGGUCUGAGCAUCAACUCAAAUGUAUGAGUUCGCAAUGAAAUUCUAGUGAGAAACACUCCAUGCACACAGUAAGGGAUUUUUAUCUGGACCUUCUAGUGUCACUUGUGAGAAAAGAACAGCUAUUAUUAUUAUUUAUUUAUUGUAUUUAUGUCCAAUGCCAGGCCAAAGUAUUGAAUAAAAAAUCACAGCUCAAGUUAUUUCAGGCAGUCUCCCUGCCCCCAUAUUUCUAAUCCUUCUGCACUAUAGAAAUUCCAGACUGGAGGGAAAAUACAUGUAUUCAUUGCUUCAGGAGAAAGCAGGUUCGUUGCUAUGUCUGUCUAUACGAUAUUGUCCACUGCCUAACAUAGCUCAGGCAGAAGCUUCAUGUGAAUGGACUAUCAACAGGAGCCUAGCAGAUCACUUCCAAGGAAGAGACCCACAGAUUAUUUUGUUGUUUGUUUUAGGUCAAUUAUAUCUUCACGAUAAGACAGAUCCUCCUAUCACAUUAGAGUUACGAAGCACCAUUGCACUGGGGUAGAAUGUUCUAGAAGUCUGGCUAUAUUCCCAAACUGCUCAAUUUCUUGGGAGUGUCCGGUUGCUGUCUUGCUCUGAUAGGAGGAGCUUUUACUCAGAGACUGCCAGAUGCUGGUGCCAAGUCAGCCCCAGCAUGUUCUGAGAGCCUUUUCCAGGCCAGUGACUAUUGAGUUGCACAAAGGUAGAGGGAAAAUGGUAAGGCUCAAGUAGACUUCUCUGCCCCUGGAGCUCCAAACUUGAAGUUGUGUGUGUAGGAUCCACGUCUAGACACAUUUCCCUGCGAACAUUUCAAUUCUGGAGAGCAACAGUUGUGCGAGAAUAUCAUGAUGAUAGCUUAGAGCAAAUGCCUCUCUUUCCAGUCUUUGUUUUGAUAGUAAAUAUGUUGCUAUCAGUUCGGGACAACAGAGCCUAUGGUCAUGUGAAUCACUGUCUUCUACAGCUCAACAUUCUGUCCCUGUUAUGUACGACUCCCUGGUGGCUGAAAUCCCUGCCAUCAGAAAGUGAUUUGGGUGAGAAAUCUCUCACUUCUGCAUAUUAAAGUGACUCCUAAUAAAAACAAGGAUGCUCUGUUUUGUUCGAACACUCACUACGAAGCUCUGCAUCCUCGUUGGCCAUUGAGCCAACGUCCUCUGUGCCUGAUAGUGGCACAAAACAGAUGCCGGUGCCUGUACAGAAUUCUCAGUGUCCGUUUUAACGACCGUACUUAGAAACACAUGUGGCAGAAUCCAUUGAUGAAAAGGCCAGCUAAAAGUCGACCUACUCGGCACUACAGAAUACCCAAAGGCCUGUUGUAUAAUCUCCAGAAUUCUCAAACACGGAUACUCUGAAAAGUCAGUAUUCUCAGAGUGGUAGAAGCCCAUGCUUCCUUUUUCCUUUUCUUCCCCCCUGCAAACAUUUCCUAAAGUUAUUCUGGUGGGUGCAGAGGGAGCCAUCUGGGUGGCUUGGGGGAGACUGGGAAACUAAAAAACUGAAUUGCAGCUCGGACAAAGCCAAAUUCAGAUAUUUCUGUGUCACCAGGUGCCCACACCCACCCAUAAAACAACUGCAUUAUCGUCAAGUUCUCCUGGGUAGCUGUUUGGUCCCUCAGAUCAAGAUACAACCACAUUAUAACCUAGUUAGGACACAUCAGAAAGGACCUGACUUACUGGCAUUGCAGUCUUAUUUCCCCAAUGCUUGGUGGCACUUGAGGCAUUUUUGUUGGUUUGUCUUUUUUUCUCCUGGGUGACAAAGAUCAAGGCACGCCCUGAUUGUGCCUCCUACUGGUGUGGAUGUGUUUCAGAAGUGUGGGUCUGAGCAUGAUCGGGCUGGACUUUUGCUCACUGCUACCCUGAAAAUUGACUGGCAUUCUGCUUCCUAGGCCCUAAGCCCACAUCCAGAGGGAAGCUCACUAUCAAGCCUCACAGGAAAUCACAGCAGUGUUGGAAUUCUUAUUUUCAAGUGCUUAUUUCACGACAUUAAAAAAAAAUAUUUUUGGUGUAUUAAGAUUUAAAAUAAAGUCAUCAUAACUUUUGAUUUAA